AUGAGCGCAUCACUACUAUCCAGAUUGGAAACAGCGGAAACGUCAUGCGACCGCAUUGUACUGCUCGAUGAGCUUCGCGCCACCACGACUGAAUCGCCGGAUCGUAUAGCCCCAUUCAUGCAUCUCAUUCAAAGCGCAUUUACCGAUCUUGUACGUCCGCUUCGAAGCUUGGCUUAUCAGUGUGCGUUGAAUUACAUCUCUUCGAAUCCAUCUAUGAGUGUUCAUUUCAUGAGUGCAUAUUCUGCUGCGUUGUUACACAAAAGUGCCGACAUCAGUCUACAUGCGUUGUCAUUUCUGCCGGAAUUCAUAACUGCAUCUCGAUGCGUUUCAGAGAAUUUACUUAGUGCCGCGGCUACCGUCGCCAAUCGAUGGCCGUCACCAGAAUCCAUGGCCGAUCUUGCGCGUGCAAUAACAGCAUGCACUGAUUUUCGAUGUGCUGACCUGGAAGAAAAUGGCAAUUCUCAGACUAUGAAAUGA